GAUUGGUUCUCAUCAUACCUCUCCGAUAGAUCAGAUCUUUCGUGUCCGCGGGUUGAAGCGACCCCAGUAACGUGAUAUUUAGCCCCUAGAAUGCAAAUUUUACUGGAGGACCCCUCUCAAAACACACUUGGGCUAGUUUUGGACUAGUUUUGAGUAACAAAUGGGUGGGUUUUAUUGCGAAAACCUGGCAACCCUGGGGACUUUCGCCGAAACAGACUGCUGAGGCAGCUCAAAUGAGGAGGUUUAAAUUUAAUCUUGGUGCUGUGCAGUAUCUCAUAGCUGCAUGCUUGGGACUCGAGAGAAAGCGAAAGUGAAAGGAUUCAGGGGUUGUUCAGUUCAUCUGUUUCAGAGAACAGCAGGCAGCAGAUCUUAAGAAAAAAAAAAGGAGACAAAAUGGGGGCUCAAAUCAACAAUGAAAUUAAGAUAGCUUUCCCUGAAGAAUUUCAAUCAGAUUCCACCAUUCAGUGUCACCUGUCUCCUAAAACCAGUGCUGUCGAUAUGGAGAUCAGAUGGUUUAAGGAAACAGACUGUGUGUGUUUCUAUAAGAACAGACGGUUGAUAGAGGGGGAGAGUUAUGAAGGCAUAAUGAGUCUAUGCACUGAGGAGCUGGAGAGAGGAAUUGUGUCCUUACAGCUGAAGGAUGUCAGAGAAUCACAUGUUGGUGAUUACCUGUGUCAGGUCACCAGUGGAGACAGGACAGAGGAGAUAACAAUAAGGAAAUCAUCAAAGAGCAAUGAUGAAGUGCCUCAACAAACAACCAAACAAUGGUUUAUAAAGAGAGCCAGAACAUGGACUAAUGAGGAGAGAAUAAAAAUGGCAAAUUCUGCUUUAUUGGCAGUUUUCAAUAAGCUAGAAAAAACAGAUGCACCAAAGGAAGAUCUUCAGGGCGUUAUUGCUACAGUUCCGCAGACAGACAUAAACGUUGAGGAGAACCAGGAAGAGGCUGAGGAGAAAAACACACAACAGGUUCAUAAAGGAAGACAUAUGAAUGACAGCAUGGGUUUCCCAGAAAAUGUGAUGGAAACCAGUACCUGUAAACUGGAGGAGGAACAGAAAACACAUCUGGGCGAUCAACAGCCGGGGUUUUCAAGUGUUUUCAAUAAGCUAGAAAAUACAGAUGCACCAAAGGAAGAUCUUCAGGGUGUCAAUGCUACAGUUCCGCAGACAGACAUAAACGUUGAGGAGAACCAGGAAGAGGCUGAGGAGAAAAAACACACAACAGGUUCAUAAAGGAAGACAUAUGAAUGACAGCAUGGGUUUCCCAGAAAAUGUGAUGGAAACCAGUACCUGUAAACUGGAGGAACAGAAAACACAUCUGGGUGAUCAACAACCAGGAUUUUCAAGUGUUCCGCAGACAGACAUAAACGUUGAGGAGAACCGGGAAGAGGCUGAGGAGAAAAACACACAACAGGUUCAUAAAGGAAGACAUAUGAAUGACAGCAUGGGUUUCCCAGAAAAUGUGAUGGAAACCAGUACCUGUAAACUGGAGGAACAGAAAACACAUCUGGGUGAUCAACAACCAGGUUUUUC